CAUAUAAACAUGCAAGUAAAUACUAGAUACUGCUUACAGAGAGCAGAAGCUCAACACUUGCCACGAUUGAUAUAAGUUGCAAUAUUUCUCCAACGUUCUUCUUUAUCACGUCAUGGCGUCAUAUCUUAUUACAGGUACAUUGCGUGGACUUGGCCUCACUCUUUUCAAACAGCUGGUUUCUCGACCAUCUUCUGAAGUCAGCAUAAUUUUUGCAACUGCUCGCAGCGAGUCUAAAGCACUCACAGAACUCGCCGAACGCAACCCUGGCAGAAUAUUCAUCGUCCAGCUUGAAGCAAAAAGCGAGUCCAGCAUCAAAGAUGCUGUGAAAGUGGUAGAAGAAAAGUUAGGUGGCAAAGGACUUGAUGUUCUUAUCAACAAUGCUGCAAUUUCGUAUCACACUCCAGCAGGAAUUGCAACCAUGUAUGUUUGAGCAUCAACUUGUUCUUAAAAGGGAUCUAAUGAAGAAUGCUAGGGAUGACCUAGAUGAACACCUCGUUGUCAAUGUCAUUGGUGUUCAUAUGGUUACUAGAGCAUUCCUUCCCCUACUUCAGAGAGGAAACUCCAAAAAGAUUGUUAACAUGUGAGUCUCAUCGAAGAAAUAGCCUAAGCCUUUUACUGAACUCAUGGGAACUUCCAGAACUUCGACGCUUGGCUCCAUUACUCGAGCCCACUUUUUCAAACUUGUCGAUACUCCAGGGUACAAAAUCUCUAAGAGUGCCCUUAAUUCAUUGACUAUGCAAUACUCACUCGCCUAUGAAGAGGAACGAUUCACUAUUUUCUGCAUCAGUCCUGGGGUAAGUUUUAUUACGAUCCUUAUUUGAUUCGGUACUUUACUGACGCUCUACCAAGUGGCUUCGAACCGAUUUGGGCGGUCAACAUGCCGACCUUGACGUGGAAGUUGGCGCCAAAGCUACUUUAGAGAAGAUCGUUGGCGCUGGAAAAGAGCAGAACGGAAGGUUUCUGAAUAUCUACGUCGAGGGCUAUCCGCUGUACAGCGGCGAAGAUUGUGCGUGGUAA